AUCUUCCAGUGGUGUAUCGCACGUGCUCGAUCGACCGAUCCGUCUCGUUUUACUUGAGCUGCGCUGAUAUCCUACUAAUUUCAACAGAGAAUUGACGACAGCUCAAGACGUUGUUCCCUCCUCAACGAUGGAGUACAUAGACGGGGAGGCAGUCCCGACAACGGGCCGCAUUCUCUGCUGCAGAUGUGGGAUUCCGAUUGCCCCGAACCCGGCUAAUAUGUGCGUCGACUGCCUUAGCAGAGAAGUCGACAUCACGGAAAGUAUUCCCAAGCAAGGGGUUCUCCAGUUUUGCAAAGGCUGUGAACGGUAUCUACAACCCCCGGCGCAGUGGGUGGUGGCGUCCUUGGAGUCGAGAGAACUUCUCGCGAUAUGUCUCAAGAGAAUCAAAGGAUUGAACAAGGUGCGAUUGAUCGACGCCGGCUUUAUAUGGACAGAACCCCAUUCGAAGCGAGUCAAAGUCAAGCUGACCAUUCAGAAGGAAGUGAUGGGUGGAGCGAUAAUCGAACAGGCUUUCAUCGUGGAGUUUACAGUGAACGGUCUGAUGUGUGACCAGUGUCAUCGCAGAGAAGCCAAGGAUUUCUGGCGCGCGGUUGUCCAGUGCCGACAGAAGGUCGAUCACAAGAAGACGUUGUUCUACAUGGAACAGUUGAUCCUGAAGUACGAUGCCCACAAAGACGCCAUAAAUAUCAAGAUGGUUCACGAGGGAAUCGAUUUCUUCUUCACGAAGAAGGAUGAAGCGAGGAAACUGGUGCAAUUCUUCCAGACGAUGGUGCCGAUUAAGUCCGUCGAAUCGCAACAAUUGAUAUCGCACGAUAUUCACUCGAAUAACUUCAAUUACAAAACGACGUUCUCCGUUGAAAUUGCGCCGGUGUGUAAAGGCGACGUCGUGUGCUUGCCGACCGUACUCGCGAGACAUUUGGGGAGCAUCGGGCAAAUCUGCAUCUGUCUCCGGGUGACCGCCUCGGUCCAUGUGAUCGAUCCUGCGACUCUACAGUUGGCCGAGAUCCCGUCGCAUCUUUAUUGGAAAACACCUUUCCGGGGACUUUUUGCGCCGAAGCAUUUGGUCGAGUACAUCGUCAUGGAGAUCGAAAGAAUCGGCGAGAGUCAAAUGGUCACGUUUGCCGGUCAAGGGAAACUGUCUGACCGUCACGUAUUAGCGAACGUUUUCGUGAUACGCGCGAGCGAAUUGGGAACGCACGAGAACUACAUCCAUUGUAAAACUCAUCUGGGUCAUUAUCUCCGCGAAGGUGACUCCGUUUUGGGCUUCGAUUUGGCCAACGCCAAUCUCAACGAUCCAAACCUGAACAAACUGCCGAGCGAUAAGGUUCCCGAAGUCGUCCUCAUCAGGAAGUACUGGGGAAGCAAGGCCGAUAGGGCCCAAAGACGUCGAUGGAGACUGAAGCGAAUGAACUUGGAUCUGGACGACAGUUCUUCUGUUGGGAGGGAUUUCAACGAGUUCUGUGAAGACCUCGAAGAGGAUCCCGCGCUCAGACAGAAUGUUAACAUAUACAAGGAUAGCGAGAAAAUCGCUGUGGAGAGCGAAGCCGGCGAUGCGCCCCACAUUAGCCUCCAAGAGAUGCUUGACGACAUGACGCUGGACGAUGAGGCGAUGGAUGACGCUGACACCGCUUCUAUGGAAGAGAAUGGAUGAUCCAUCAAUAUUUCUGAAGCAUAAAUCUUCCUGAUGG